UGCUGCUCUGACUGUGGGAAGAGAUUCACAUCAUCAGGCAUUAAAAUUCAUCAGAGAACACACACAGGAGAGAAACCUUACAGCUGUGAUCAAUGUGGGAAGAGAUUUGCUACAUCUGGCAAACUGACUCUACACCAGAGAACACACACAGGAGAGAAACCUUAUAGCUGUGCUCAAUGUGGGAAGAGAUUUACUAAAUCUGGAGAUCUGACAGUGCACAAGAGAAUACACACAGGAGAGAAACCUUAUAGCUGUGAUCAAUGUGGGAAGAGAUUUGCUACAUCUGGCAAACUGACUUCACACCAGAGAACACACACAGGAGAGAAACCUUAUAGCUGUGAUCAAUGUGGGAAGAGAUUUACUUCAUCUGGAGAUCUGACAGUGCACAAGAGAUUACACACAGGAGAGAAACCUUAUAGCUGUGAUCAAUGUGGGAAGAGUUUUGUUCAAACUUGCCAUCUGACUCUACACCAGAGAACACACACAGGAGAGAAACCUUAUAGCUGUGAUCAAUGCGGGAAGAGUUUUACUUCAUCUGGCAGUCUGACUCUACACCAGAGAACACACACAGGAGAGAAACCUUAUAGCUGUGAUCAAUGUGGGAAGAGAUUUACUUCAUCUGGAGAUCUGACAGUGCACAAGAGAAUACACACGGGAGAGAAACCUUAUAGCUGUGAUCAAUGUGGGAAGAGAUUUGCUACAUCUGUCAAACUGACUCUACACCAGAGAACACACACAGGAGAGAAACCUUAUAGCUGUGAUCAAUGUGGGAAGAGAUUUACUUCAUCUGGAGAUCUGACAGUGCACAAGAGAAUACACACGGGAGAGAAACCUUAUAGCUGUGACCAAUGUGGGAAGAGAUUUGCUACAUCUGUCAAACUGACUCUACACCAGAGAACACACACAGGAGAGAAACCUUAUAGCUGUGAUCAAUGUGGAAAGAGAUUUACUUCAUCUGGAGAUCUGACAGUGCACAAGAGAAUACAUACGGGAGAGAAACCUUAUAGCUGUGAUCAAUGUGGGAAGAGAUUUGCUACAUCUAGGAGCCUGACUCUACACCAGAGAACACACACAGGAGAGAAACCUUUUAGCUGUGCUCAAUGUGGGAAGAGUUUUACUGCAUCUAGCUCUCUGACUUCACACCAGAGAACACACACAGGAGAGAAACCUUAUAGCUGUGCUCAAUGUGGGAAGAGAUUUACUAAAUCUGGCAAACUGACUCUACACCAGAGAACACACACAGGAGAGAAACCUUUUAGCUGUGAUCAAUGUGGGAAGAGAUUUACUUCAUCUGGAGACCUGACAGUGCAUAAGAGAAUACACACAGGAGAGAAACCUUAUAGCUGUGAUCAUUGUGGGAAGAGUUUUGUUCAAACUUGCCAUCUGACUCUACACCAGAGAACACAUACAGGAGAGAAACCUUAUAGCUGUGAUCAAUGCGGGAAGAGUUUUACUUCAUCUGGCAGUCUGACUCUACACCAGAGAACACACACAGGAGAGAAACCUUAUAGCUGUGAUCAAUGUGGGAAGAGAUUUACUUCAUCUGGAGAUCUGACAGUGCACAAGAGAAUACACACGGGAGAGAAACCUUAUAGCUGUGAUCAAUGUGGGAAGAGAUUUGCUACAUCUGUCAAACUGACUCUACACCAGAGAACACACACAGGAGAGAAACCUUAUAGCUGUGAUCAAUGUGGGAAGAGAUUUACUUCAUCUAGCCAGCUGACUUUGCACCAGAGAACACACACAGGACAGAAUCCUUAUAGCUGUACUCAAUGUGGGAAGAGUUUUACUCAGUCAAACAGCCUGGUAUCACAUCAGAGAACACACACAGGAGAGAAA